GCGCGCGCGCCAUCUAGCGACAACAGUCAUAUGAUCACAUGAGAGAUCUUUUUUCACAACAAUCUUUGACAUAACCGAGGCAAGGUUGAUCAAUAAAAUAAAGUUUCAGUCAUGGACUCUCUUAGUACCAGCUCGGGUAUAGUCCAAGAGAGUACCCUUGAGAGAUGGCCCAGUACCGAGGUCCCGGGUUACAGUAUCUCUGGGGAUGAGAGAGAGUCCAGAUUCUCUUGUAGACCAGAUCUUAACAAGAAACUGGUUUUGUGGGAAGGAGACAUUUGUAGUUUGGACUCCAUUGCCAUCGUACAUCCCACAAAUGAAUCGUUAACAGAGCCAUGCCCCCUCACAAAUAAGAUCUUCUCUCGAGCAGGCCAAGACCUCGUGCAAGAAAUCCAGACGUCGUUCAGAAUUUGUCGGACGGGUGAUGCCAAGCUCACCAAGGGCUACCAGCUGCCCUGCAGGUAUAUCAUCCACACGGUCGGCCCUCGUUACAACAUCCGAUACAGGACAGCCGCAGAGAGCGCCCUCUAUAACUGCUACAGGAAUGCACUGCUCCUUGCAAAGGAGCAGAAAAUCACAUCAGUGGCGUUUUGUGCAAUUCACACGGUGAGACGGAACUAUCCCCCUGAGGAGGGCGCUCACAUAGCUCUGAGAACGAUCAGAAGAUUUCUAGAGAAGCAUGGGGAAUCUUUUGAAACCAUUGUAUUGACGAUGAUGGGAGUUGACGAGCACCUAUACAGUGAGCUGCUGCCACUGUACUUUCCGAGGACAGAGCUGGAGGAGCAGUGGGCUAUCGACCUGGUCCCAGAGAACAUCGGCAAUGAGGACGGAGAGCCUGUAAUCGCAGAGCGAAAGAUACGCAUCAUGGGGGGUCCUACAAGAAAACAAUCAGAGGAGGAGGAGGCCCAUGAGCAGACCCUUGCCGAUGAGCUGAGGGGGGACAGGAUCUCUAACGGAGCUCCGUACGAGGUGGACCCCGAGCAGGACGAGGAGGAGCUGGAGAUCGGCAAGCACGCCUUUACCGCCAUGGAGAAGAAUCCAGACUCUGUGAAGAGGCAGAAUCAGAGGGAGAAGAGAUCGGUCAUACCGGCAGAAGCGGAACAGAGGCAAAGAUACGAAAGGUUGCUCAGAAGAGCUCGUCAGGAAGACUUGUCAGACAUCGCAGCUCAUCGAUGCAUCUACGCCACAGGGCAUGACAUCCAUGGGCGGCCGAUCAUCGCCUUUGUGGCAAGAAAUUUCCCUGCGCAUUCCAUCGACUUAAACAAGGUACUACUCUAUGUCAUCCACCUACUCGACUCCAUCGUCAACCAGGACUACGUCGUCGUCUACUUCCACACGAUGAGCUCUGCCGACAACCAGCCUGAACUGAGCUGGUUGAAGGACGUCUAUCACAUGGUUGAUAAUAGAUAUAGAAAGAACCUGAGAGCCAUGUACAUCGUCCAUCCUACUUUCUGGUCUAAGCUUGUGACCUGGUACUUCACAACAUUCACAGCUUCCAGCAUCAAGAGUAAGGUCCAUUCGACGGGAGCCGUCCAUUACCUCUACAAAACUAUACACCCGGACCAACUGGACAUUCCUCCCUUUGUCAUCGAACAUGAUAUGAAGGUGAAUGGUCCUAACUACAGGGACAUAGACGAAAGGGAUGGAAGCGGAAGUCUCUGAUUGGACGAUAUCAUCAAGAUUCCUCCAACUUCUAAAAAAAAACAGUACUGUUCCGACCUGACGAAGUGACUUGAUAAUGGGCCUUUUCACAUACGAUGCAGGAAAACCUUGGCAGUUUACAGCAGCGACUUGUUUUGUACGAGUAAAUGAAUAUCGAGUAGGGAUGAGAAACUAGUUUGCUGUGCCCUGAGUACUCUCACUAUCUCACUAUCUCACUAUCUGUGUUGUGAGGUACAGAAAUGUGAGGUGUAUUUAUAGGCAUGCGUCAUUACAGCAACAAAAAGACUCUGGUUUACAUCAAAUGUGAACCAGCCAAAGUGUCUUUC